AUGGCCGUGGACGCGGACACGGCACACACGUCCACGCCGCAGCGGCCUUCUGUCAUCUCCCGCCUCGCGCGUCUGCGGGAACUGAAGGAGAAGGUGCAAGUCGUCGCCGCUGCCGCUUCCGCUGCCAAGCCUUCUGCGACUGCGACUGCGACUGCGACUGCGACUGGGAACGCGGCUGUCGCUGCGGCCCAUGGGGCGCCUCACUCAAAGUCUGCAAUAGAUCACUCCAGCACUCACGGACCCACGUCGACAGCACCCACCGCCGCUUCCACUAUCUCUCCGCUGGUCACGCAAGGACAUGCUCCUUCCGUCUCUGCGGUAUCAGGAGGGACCGCAGCAUCGUUACUAGUAGCUCCGGCGAGCGCCGCCGCGGCGGCAGCGUCGGGCGAAAGCGCCGGCGCUUGCCCGCGGCAUGCGAGACGCGGAGAUGACUCCGCCAGUGGCGUCUCCGCGGUGCCGAGGGCGGCCGCAGGGGCGCUAGCUCCGACUGCUGCGCCGGACGAGGACGCGGAUGCGCGCGCCUGCGGUAACGGUGGGCUGAGUGCCGGCGGCAGCAGCUGCCACUACGGCGGAAGGAAGUUGGCGGACGAUGCUGAACGUAAGAAUACUAAGAGUCUCGCGACGGGUUUCUUCCCUGAUCAACCGUCGAGCUCCGCAGCAACACCUGCAGGCACCGCGAACCCCACGGCGCGCGGCUUGCUGUGUCGACCAGAUGCCGCUCCGGCGUCCCCUUCCCUUCCAUCUCUCCCUCCUUCCGGCACUACGCCAUCCUCCGUCGCUGCGUUUUCCUCCCGCCCCGCAUCUGGCUCCCCUCCACCACGCCACCCGAUAACCCCCCUUCCCUUCAUGCCCUCUCUGCCCUCGCUUCCUCCCCCUCCCCUUCCGCCUCUGCUGGCGGGAACAGCCCCGCAUGAGGCAGCUUCAACCGCGCGCCUUCCGCCCGCUCCCGGGCGCUUCCCGGCGCCAGUGACACUUGACACGCCUCAAAAGUCGCUCUCUCCCGUCCGCUUCCCCGCGCCGCUGGGCGGACAGCAGCAGGUCGCGGGCGGUGGUAGCGCGAUGCCCGCCGGCGUGCGCACGGUGAGCUGGGUGAACCCCAUGUUCGGCGCGGGGGAGGAGGGCAGCGCGGAGAGCGAGCAGGAUGCGGUUGCUGAAGAGGCGGGGAUAGAGGCGGGGGCAGGAGCAGGGGAUGGGGAAGGGGCAGGGGCAGGGAGGGAUGAGGUGAUAGAAGAUAAAGGGGGUGGAGGGACGAAUGAGAGGGAGGAUUGUGAGGUGCAGGAUGGGCGGCAGUUUGGGGGGGAGGAUGGUGGAAAGGGUGAGGGUCAGUCCGCGACAUGGUAUGAGGGGGAAGGGGAAGGGGAGAAGGGGGAGGAGGAGGCGGCGGAGGAGGAGGAGGAGGAGGGAGAGGAGGAGGGAGAGGGGGAGGAGGGAGGUGGGGAGAAGGGUUCGUGGCUGGGUGAGAGGUGUGAUGCGAGGAGGGGAUUGGUGAGGUGCCAUGACACAAAACCCACCACCACCACCACCAGUAGCACCACCGUCACCACCACCAACAGCACCUCAGGCAAUUCGAUCAGAGCACACCACGAUAGCAGCUCAUCUGCACCGCCGCCCGCAGUCAUUGACGCACCAUUCGCCUUCCCCGUCCUCCUCGCAUGCCCCGAAUCCCCCGAUGAUAUCCCCCUCUUGCCUUCCGCCGCCCCCAGCCCCUCCACCUCCUCCCCCACUAGCCCCGUCCCUUCCGCGGACCCUAUACCACCCGCUGUUUCCUUCAUCCCCCCCGAAGAUCCCCUCGUUUCCGCCUUCCCCUCAAGCCUCGGCUUCCCCCUAAACUCCGCGUUCCCCUUAGCCCCCAUCUCCGCUCUGUCCGCGGCUUUCGCUCCGCGCGCCUCCCCGCCGCCUCCACGCCCUCUUUCUGCCACUGGGCAGGAGAGCGACGACGAAGGGGGGUGCGUGAGCGGACUUAUCGCAGCCGCAGCAGCAGUAGCAGCUGAAGGGGAUGACGGCGGCAGUGGCGCUGGCGACGGUGGCGGUGGCGGCGGCGGCGGCGGCGGUGGUGGUGGUGGUGCUGACGCUACUACCGCUGGUGCUACGACUGUUGCCCCUGUGGAUGGCAGUGGUAACGACGGUGUUGCUGUGGGGGAUGAAACCACGGGUGACACAAGCGACGCAAGAAAUGACUCAAGCGACGCAGGGGAAGGCGGAGGGGAAGGCGGAGGGGAAGGCGGAGAGGGAGGCGGAGUGGGUGGCGGAACGGAGGCCGAAGAGGAAGGCGGAGGAUGCAGCGAAGGGGAAAGCGGAGGUGGAGGCGAGUUGAAGGCGGAGGGAUUGGCGGGGGAGCUGUUGCGAUUAGGGGCGAGCGCGGAAUGGGGGCUUGCGGGGUGGUUCAGGGGCGCGGGGAGCGUGUGGGAUUCCGGAGAUGGCGGGGUGAGGGUGAGGGGAAGCGCGGGGCAGGAGUGGGAUGGUGGGAGUCAGGGAGUUGCGAGUGUGACGUCAUCGUUAGAGCGCACACCCCAGCGCACACACGCACACGCACGCAGGCACAGACUACAUGCCUUGAUUACCCCUUCUUCCCUUGCUUCUCCUUUACAUCUGUUUCUUUAUUUUUUCCCCGUCUUCCCCCUCUCAUUUUCCUCCCACUUCCCUCCCCUUUCCCUCCCAUUUCCCUCCCCUUUACUUUACCUUUCUUUCUUCUUUCACUCCCCAUUCCCUCCCCUUUCCCUCCCCCUCCUCCCACCGCUAUCCCGCCUCCCCCCUCCUUUCCGACCUUCCCUUCCCCCCUUUUUACCCUCCUCCAUGCAGGGACCGUUCGCCUUCCCCCUAUCGCUGGUCCGCGACCCCUCGUCCUCCCCUCGCCUGUUCGGGUGGGCGUGGGGGGGCAGCGGCGCAAGGGGCGCGUGCGCGGACGGCGGAGACGCGGGAAGUGAAUUGCUUGCAGAGGAGGCGGACGUACUAGCGGGGGAGAGGCAGGGGGAGGAGGAGGGGGAGCGAGAGGCGGAGGGGGAGGGCGAGGGGAUGGGGGAAGGGGAGGGAUUGGAGGAGGAAGGGGACGGGGAAAGGGAGGAGGAAGGUGUGGAAGAGGGAGAUGACAGGAGGCUCUGGGGUGAGAGCCGGCUAGACGCGGGUGGGGGGAAGGGUGGUGCGGAGGGCGGAGAGGACAUUGGGGAAGGGGAGAAACCAGUGCGGCGGGAGGAAAAGGGGGAAGCAGAGGUGCAAGCGAUUGAGGAGGAGUGCACAUGGGGGGAGGUGAGGGCGAAGGCGGAGGGGGAUGAGACGGGGGAGACGGGGAUGAGCGAGAGAGGCAGCAGAGGCGAGGGCGGAGAAAUAGGAGCAAGGGGAGACGAUGGGGUGAUGUCAGCGGUACCGGUGAGUAGUGCGGAGGAGAGCAGAGAAGCAGGUGGUGAGAGGUUGACGGGUGGGAAGGGAGGGGAACGGGAGGUGCGUGGUGGGUUGGGGCAAAGGCCUGGUAAUGGAGAGGAGAGUGGAGAAGAGAGAGGAGAGGGAGGAGAGGGAGGUGGAGAGGGAGGAGCAGAGAGAGGAGGAGAGGGUGGAGCGGCGGUGGUAGCAGCAGGAGGGGAAGAGGAGACGAAAAGGGACGAGUCGGGAAGGGGCACGGAUGGCAUGUGGUCGGGGCUGGGCAGUGGAAUGGUGGCUGCAGCUGCGGCGUUCGGCGGGUGGAAUGGCCUCACACGCCUGGCCAAGAUGCGAGCACGCAGGGGCGCGGCAGACAGAGACAGAGACAGAGAAACCGUGUCAGAGGCUGGGCACAUGGGUGCAGGCAUGGGCAUGGGCGUGGGCAUGGGGAUGGGGAUCGGUAUGGGGAUGGGCAUGGGCAUGGGCAUGGGUAUGGGUGGAGGGGAAGCAGGGGAGGAUGCGUUUUCGCAGAGCAAUGCGGAUGAGGAGGAGGAUGCGAUGGGGUCACCGUCUCACGUGCCCAUUGAACCGGGGCUGGACCUUGCCAGGCUGGACAUGGUCGCUCUUGACGUGGCAUCCUCUGCUGCUGACGUGGAAGAGGAGGAGGAGGAUGGCGCUGUUGCUAGUGCUGGCGGUAUUGAUGGUGGUUGUGGUGGCUGUGGCGGCGGUGGGGGCAGGGAUGGUACUGGGGAACAAGGGGCUUAUAGUGGGGAUUCCGGGGAGGUGCUGCUGGGGGGAGUGAGAGGGGUAGGGGGAGUCGGGGGAGUCGGGGGAGUCGGGGGAAUAAGGGGAAGACACGUGGUUUCAGAUGGAGAGGAGAUAACGGGAAAGGCGUGCUUGUUUAGGGAGGAGGAGGAGUGGGAAGAUGAAGCGAUCACUGCUCUUCAGCCGGCACCUACUGCUCUUCAGCCGGCACCUACUGCUCUUCAGCCGGCACCUACUGCUCUUCAGCCGGCACCUACUGCUGUUCAGCCGGCACCUACCGCUGUUCAGCCGGCAUCUACAGCACAGCUGGUGCGGUUCUUUCACCAAUCACCUCCUCAGCCGCACCUGCAGCAUUCCCCACAGGGGCUGCUGCCUUCCUCUCCUCUCCCCCAGCUCUCCCCACAGCGUUCACUGCCUUCAGAAGCACGGCCUGAACCUGGUAGCAGUGAGGGGUGCGUGGGCGGCAGGAAGAGGAGGCGGGAGGAAUGUGCGGUGGGAGUGAGGGAGGUUGCAGCACGGCAGCAGGAGGCGCAGGAGGGUGGAGGGGAGGGGGGUGAGAGGCUGGAGGGGUGGGAGGCGGGAGGGAUAGAGGGGAAAGCUGUGGAGGAAUGGAAGGAAGUGGAUCGAGAGGAGGACGAGGAUGAGGAGGAAGAGGGGCAGCAGGAAGAGGAAGGGGAAGAGGAGGAGGAAGGGGAGGAAGAUGGGGAAGGGUUGCUGGCGAUGAUUAGAGGGAGUGGAGCGAGUGGUAGAGAGGUGGCAGGAGGCAAGAUGAUUAUGGGAGGAAUGGAGCUGUUGAGCUCAUUGCGUUCCAAAGAUGCUAACGCUGACGCUGAUGCUGACGCUGAUGCUGACGCUGAUGCUGACGCUGAUGCUGAUGCUGAUGCUGAUGCUGACGCUGAUGCUGACGCUGAUGCUGACGCUGACGCUGAUGCUGAUGCUGAUGCUGAUGCUGAUGGCGAGAGAGAUGAUGGGUGGAGUCAUGAUCAUGGUGGUGGUGGCUGGAGUGGUGAGAGCACCAGCAGCACAGAGUCGGACCGGGCGAGUGGGGAAGGAGAGGAGGGGGUGGAGAUCACAGACUCACGUUCCGGGUCGACUGAAACGGCUGGCAGUGGAGGGUACGAUGGCCACAGAAGCGAUUGCACUGCUCGUUCAUUGCACCCUCUCGCUGUCCCUGAGGCUUCUCCUGCGGUUAGCCUCCGUGAUGCGGACUGGGGGGAUGGGCGUGAGUGUGUGCAUGGUGAUGCAGUAGCUGCCUUCGGGGGGGCAGUGGUGCCGCGGACUCGGCUGCCGGUGCUGCUGCUGCCACCACCACCGGCACCACCGGCAACACAGGUUCCUGAAGGCGCAACACGAUUGGUCGAGCCAGGGCUGACAGCAGAAGUAGCAACAGCAAGGAGAAAGGCUGCAGCACCUGUUACUGCGGAUGAUGCAACUGAGUGCAUUACUGAGCUGAGCGAGACCCUUGAGAGCGCGAGCAUGCAGCAGGAGGCGUGGGAGGUGAAGGCCAGACGUGCAGAGGCGGAGGUGGGGGCGCUCAGGCGACAGCUAUCGCAGUCAACCGCAGUCAGGGAGCAUGUGAGCGCAGGUCUGAAGCAGCAGGUGCAGGUGGAGCGGCAGAGGAGAGGGCGGGAGAGAGGGGCGCAGGUGAAGGAGAGGCAGCAGUGGGUGCAGGCCGUGAUGCGCCUCAGAGCUGCUGUUAACCCGCGCCUGGCGCAUCCAGGAGGUGUGGGGCGAGGAGCGUGGGGAGGAGUAGAGGGGCGAGGGGGGGAGGGAGGCGGGCUGGGGAGAGGAAGAGGAGCGGUGCUGACGGGGUUUGGGAGGGGUGGUGGGGGGUUGUUACCUGGGGUUGGUGUGGGAGAGACCAGGAGGGGUGCAGGAGAAGGGGGUUUGUAUGGAGGAGAUAGAGGUGAGGGAUGGGAAGGGGGGGGAGAGGGAAGUGGAGUUGGCUCUCACAGCAGCAGCACGAGUCUGGUUGGGUUCAAAAGCAGCAGCAGCAGCAGCAGCGCCCUUGCCACAAGUACAGGCGGUUACAGUGCUGCGAGUGGUGGUUACUGGGCUGGUUCAGACGGUGAGGAGAAGGGAGAGGUAGGGGAAGGGGAGGAGGCAGCAGCAGCAGGGAGUGACACGCUGCGGGUGAUUCAGGCAGUUCUGGAUCUCAUGCAGGUGGGAGCUUCCAGGAAGGUGCUGCUUGGGGAGGUGGGAGAGGAGGCAGGUGGUAAAAUGGAGGGAUGUAAACGGUUGGCUCUGGGUGCAUGUGAGGGGACUUUUGAGUCGACUAAAAUGGAGGGAUGUAAACGGUUGGCUCUGGGUGCAUGUGAGGGCUCGCAGAGGGAUUGUGAAGAGGGGGGAGGUGGUGCUGGGGAUGAGUUGAAGCCGGUGGAGUGCGGUUUUGAGCGAGAGGUAGAGGGGAGAGAGGAGGAGGUGGGUGUGGGAGGAGGAGGAGAAUGGGAUGGCGAUGUGGAGGUGAUGGGAGAUGGUGAGGGGAGAGGCGGAUUGAGAUGCCAGGAUGACGAUGUGGAAGCAGAGGUAGAUGCGGUGGGGAAGGAGGAGGAUGAGGAGGACGAAGAGGAAGAGGAGGAUGACUACGAAUAUGAGGAGCAUGAGGAGGAGAGAGAGAGUGAGGAAGAGGAGCAAGGGGAGAACGCGUCAAAGGAAGAGGUAGACGGGGAAGAGGAGUGUGAAAAUGAAGAUGAAGUGGAAUUUGCAGGGAGGGAGGAGGAGGCAGAGGAGGAGGAGGAGGAGGAGGAGGAGGAGGAGGAGGAGGAGGAGGAGGAGGAGGAGGAGGAGGAGGAGGAGGAGGAGGAGGAGGAGGAAGAGGAAGAGGACGAGGAAGAGGACGAGGAAGAGGAAGAGGGAGAAGAGAAAGAGGCAUUGGAGCAGGAAGAGGAAGACGGGAAGGAAGGGGAGGAAGACGGGGAGGAAGGGGAGGAAGACGGGGAGGAAGGGGAGGAAGAGGAGGAGGAAGGGGAGGAAGGGGAGGAAGAGGAGGAGGAAGGGGAGGAAGAGGAGGAGGAAGGGGAGGAAGAGGAGGAGGAAGGGGAGGAAGAGGAGGGGGAAGAGGAAGAAGAGGAGGAAGAGGAAGAGGAGGAAGAGGAGGAGGGAGAGGAGGAAGAGGAGGAGGAAGAGGAGGAAGAGGAGGGAGAGGAGGAAGAGGAGGAAGAGGAGGAGGAAGAGGACGAGGAGGAAGAGGAGGAAGAGGAGGAGGAAGAGGAGGAAGAAGAGGAGGAGGAAGAAGAGGAGGAGGAAGAGGAGGAGGAGGAUGAGGAUGAGGAGGAGGAAGAGGAGGAAAAAAUGUUGAGAGCCAGGAACAGCCUUGCAGCAGGCAAGAGUGGGAAUGGAGUAGAGGCUGAGACAGGCCGGAUGAGAGGUGGUGGAGGGAUGGUGGUGGUGAGUGAGGGGACGAGGGAGGGGACGAGGGAGGGGAUGAGGGAGGGGACGAGGGAUGGGGGAGGAGGAAAGGUGGUGGAGAGGAAGCAGUGGCUGCAGCGGGCCUCCGUCGGUCAGGAGGGAGGGGGUCCUCUAGUGCUGCUUCCUCUUCCCUUCCACACCCACAAGAAUCCACUUCAGGAGUAA